CGAUGUUCGCGCUGUGGAGGUUUGGCUGAGGAGCUGUGCGCAGCAUGGGCACCGGGGAUUACAUCUGCGUUACGCUGCGUGGUGGUGCACCCUGGGGAUUCACCCUGAGAGAGGGAGAGGGGGACACCUACAGACCCUUUUUGGUCUCCAAGGUAGACGAAGGCGGUCGUGCCUUCCUAGCUGGAGUGCGGGAAGGUGAUGAGGUGGUAUCACUCAACGGAGAGCCAUGUGCUGAUCUCACCCUCCUACGGGCCUUUGCGCUCAUCGACACAUCGAUCGACUGUCUGCAGCUGCUUGUCAAAAGAUACUGCACCACUCCCUCAGAAGAAUCAGAGGAGACAUACUGUGGUGAGAGGGAUGCCUCUGGUGAGGCUUUAGAAAGCACCACCCUCCACAUCUUCUCCCCAAAGCACAGGUCCCAAAUCCCAAGGGAACUCUUCAUAUCUGAGUCCCAGGAUGAGGCCUACUAUGGGGAGUUGGACAAUAAGUUACCCAAGGGACCCCAGCUGCUCUACACCGAGCUACACGUUCCCUCAUCUGGUGAUCAGAGAAGCCGAAAGCUUGUUUAUAAGGAAAAUGAUGAAGGAACACAGCGGUGCUUCUCGCCUGGGGACAUGGUGGAGCUCCAGGUGUCCCUGUCUGAGCAAACCUUGGACGAUGUGGGCUGCAGCGCCCUCGGGAGUGCUCACGGGAUAGAGGGGGAACUCUCAAACAGAGAGGUGGCCGAGACGAUUUACACCGCCACCGCGUCACACCACGUACCGCGUCCUGUCAGAGAGCCGCUCGGCCAGCAUGGAGUGGUGCUCAGCUCCCCUUCAAUGAUGAGGCAGGUGGAGGUCAUUCUGCAGCAGCCGGCAGCAUCAGGAGCAGGGAGGGGCAUCCUGAGUGUGGGUGGCUCCAGGGUCAGUGGAAGUGUUGGAUCCCAAAGUGAAGGAGAAGAAGGAGGAGGGCACAGUGAGGGAGUUCCUGGGUCUUUCACGGUCUCAUUUGGAAUUCCAUCAGAAGAGGUGACACCAGCUGAGGAGCAGGACUCUGACUCUGAGGGGGAUCAAGACAAACCCAACAAGCAUAGGGCAAGACAUGCCAGGCUCAGGCGCAGUGAGAGUCUGUCCGAGAAGCAGGUGAAGGAAGCCAAGUCCAAAUGUAAACGUAUUGCCCUCCUUCUUACGGCUGCUCCGCCCAACCCCAACAACAAGGGGGUGUUGAUGUUCAAGAAACAUCGGCAAAGGGCCAAGAAAUACACACUUGUGAGCUACGGCACAGGAGAAGACGAACCAGAGUUCAGAGACGAAGACGAGGAAAACGAAGACGACAAAGAAGAAACCCACACUGUUGAAUUUACCCUUGUGGCUCCAGACGGUUCUGAAAUAGACAAGCAUUUCCUCACUAAUGCCCAUAGUAGAAAAGGUGUGCUAACUAUCAACUUGGACAGGGGUCUCCUUGAGAUUGAGAGGAACCUUAACAACCAAGAAGAGAUGGAAUGUUUGCCUGAAACCAAGGGCAAAGGUGCCGUAAUGUUUGCCCAACGGCGUCAGAGGAUGGAUGAGAUUGCUGCUGAACAUGAGGAGCUAAGGCGUCAGGGGAUUCCUGUAGAGGCAGUGCAGACUGCUGAAAAGAAGAUGGAAGAGCACUCGUACAUGCAGUCCACAACAGAAAGCCAUGCUUACAUGGAUGUAAAUAUGCACCAACAAAGCCAACAACAACAACAGUACCAGCAAUAUCAGGAACAGCAGUACUAUGAGCAACAGCAACAAUAUCAACAACAAUAUCAGCAACAACAGUAUGAACAACAGCAUUAUCAACAACAGCAAGCGUAUCAGCAGCAGCAGCAGCAGCAGCAGCAGCAGCAAGAAUAUCAUCAAGCGCAACAGCAAAUGCAGCACUAUGCUACAAACAUCAAUGGCACAGUCCAACAUCAAACAAGUGAGAUGCAGAGUUCUUUCAGCAAUCGUACUGCAAAGCCUUUCUCAGCAGACAACAUGGUGGCUUAUUCUCCCGCAAUGAGUGGGACCAAUCAAGAUUCUGCAGGGCAAGGAGAGCAGAUAGCUUCCCGUGAUGAGCGCAUUUCCACCCCCGCAAGUCGGACUGGCCUUUUGACAGAUGCAAAGAGGAGGAAUGCUGGCAAGCCUAUGUUCACGUUUAAGGAAGCACCAAAAGUGUCUCCUAACCCAGCACUGCUAAAUCUCCUCAACAGAAGUGACAAGAAGGGAUUUGAGUCAGGACCUGAGGAAGACUACCUUAGUCUUGGGGCUGAGGCUUGUAAUUUCCUGCAGUCUCAAGGAGUUAAACACAAGACUCCUCCACCAGUGGCUCCAAAACCUGUGAUCAACCCCAUCUCUCCUCCUUGGUCCCCACAGAUAGAAAUGACCAACCAGGACAUGCCUCAACAAGCUGAAAAUAGUGUGUCCACACCUGCUGUAGCCCCCACCACAGAGGCUACUCCUGCUCCAGAACUAGAGCCAACCCCUGCACCUGCCCCUGAGCCCUCUCCCCCUCCUACCCCCCAGGAGGCUCUUGCCAGCACCACCACAGAGGAACAGCGCACAUGGACUCUUCCGGAGCCUGAACCUCAACAGCAGCCUCUGCAAAUGACAGCGCAGGAGGAAAAUGGUCACAUGAAUUCGACCCUGCAGCCUGAGCCUGAGCCUGCUCCUGUGACUAGCUGGGCUCCAGCACAAACACAAGUUCAGCAACAACCAUCUACCAAUUGGCACCCAGCUCAAGUGCAGCCCCAGGAACCACCUCCAAGUCAGUCACCACCACAGCCACCUUGGGUGACACGUCAACCUGCUCAGACCCAAGCACAGCCUCAACCUCCCACCAGUACUUGGGCCCCUCAAAUUCAGCCAUCCUGGGCCCAGCCUCAAGAGCAACAACAGGUUCAGCCACCCUGGACACACUCUCAUGAGCAACCAAAUCUGCAGCAAAUGCAACCAACUUGGGGUCAACCUCAAGAACCAAUGGAGCAGCAGCCCCAAGCCCCAUGGGCACAGCCAUCACAAACAGACUCUCAGCAUCAACCACCAUGGGUGAAACAACCCCAGCAGAAGCCCCAAGCACAACCUCCAUGGGCUCAGCAGGUUCAGCCAGAAUCCCAGCCACAGCCAACAUGGGCUCAGCAACCACCGCAUCAGGCCCCACAACAAGCAUGGCCACAGGCACAAGCACCAGGUCAGCCUCAACCCCCUUGGGUCUCAGCUCAGGCUCAACAGCAACCUUCAAUUAAUGCAUGGCCUCCAUCACAAACUCAAGCCCAAGUUCAGCCACCUUGGAUCCAAGCAGCUCCAGCUCAACCUCCAGCGCAGCCUCCAGCCGUUUUGAAUCCAUGGCAGCCAGUACCUGCCCAGACUCAGUCCCCACCAUCAUGGUCCCAGCACCCUUCAGAACAUGGUCAGCACCCCAUGAAUUCUUGGGCCCAAGAGCAGAAUCAGGCCCAACAUCAACCACCUUGGGCUCAACCAGCUCCACCCCAGCCCACACCACAACCAAACUGGCAACAGUCCACUCCAAAGACUCCACCGCAACCACCAAUGAAUACAUGGCCUCCACCUCAGGCACAACUGCAGACACCUGUGAAUGCCUGGGCACCACAGUCACAACAAACACCCAUUUCCACAUCAAUGGUGAACACUCGUCCUUCUCCAAAACCUUGGCAACCACCACAGCAGACCCCCCAAAACCGGACCCCUCCACCUCCACCACAGCGAAUGCACUCUUUUACCAUUCGUCAACGAGUUUCAUCACCCAUCAACCCAAUGGCAACUGUCUUAAAUCCAGCAUCCCAAGGUUCAUCUUUCGAGAUGCCAGCCGUCCGAGGGAAAGGAGCUGAUAUGUUCGCCAAGAGGCAGUCUCGUAUGGAGAAAUUUGUUGUGGACUCUGAGACUGUGCAAGCAAACAAGGCAAGCCGGUCAACAUCACCAACUGCUUCCUUACCAAAUGAGUGGAAAUAUACCCCAAACGUACGUGCCCCUCCUUCACGGGCAUAUAAUCCUAUUCAGUCCCCUUCUUAUCCCCCAGCAGCAUCAAAGCAGCCCCCUCCAAGUACCCCGUCAACAAAAGCCAAGAAAAAAGCCACAGACAAACAGUCUGCCCCUAAACCCCUCAAUGUUGUAGAUGUUAUGAAGCAUCAACCCUAUCAACUUAAUUCCUCACUCUUUACCUAUGGCCCAGCAGUAGAGGCUGCCAAGCCACCUGAACCUAAGCCCGACUGUGCACCCCCUAACCCACCUGUUGAAAACCAGCCAAUUCAAUAUGAGCAAAUGGCCCCCGUCCAGCCAGGUGGACCAUAUAAUGCCCCAUAUCCCCAGCAACCAUAUGGGAUGCCCAUGCAGCCUAUGAUGCAUGAUGGCCACUACCAGCAGAACCCACUUAAUGUUUAUCCUCCCUCCAAUCCUUACCAGCAACCCCCUGUUGGUCCGUACCAGCAAGCAUAUAACCAACAGUAUCAGCAACCUGCCCCACCUGCUUAUCAUCCCCAAGCUCCCCAGUCUCCAAAUGCUCCCUACCAGCAGGCUCCACAGGCCCCUUACCAACCAGCCAGUAGCCCUCCCUACUUGGCAGCUCCCUCAGUACCUUACCAGCCACAGCCUCCCAGUAGCUAUGUUGCUCCCAGUUUUCCUUUAGCUGCAAGGCCUGAGUCUGCAUCAGGUGGCAAUGCUGCAACUGCUCCCAAACCUAAGUUUACAGCUAAAAAGAGCUCAGCCCAGGUGUGGAAGCCUACAGCAGUUGAUAAAGAGUGAUUCUGGUUGAAUCAUGACAUGGUGUCAUGAUGUCUGCCUGAGUCAAAGGGUUGGUGCUCUCGCAGUCCACCGCCAAGUGGACUAGUUUGAGCACAUAAAACCUGCUUCUGCAGUGACUAUCUUCACAUCCACCUGCUCUUGUCAUUGUCAUAGGACAGAUUGAUGGUUUUCACACUUUUGAGAGCUAAUAUGAAUGGCAUAACAAACAAAUUGAAAGCAUAAGAAUAAGAGUGAGAUGUAAGUAUAUCAUAUCAGACACAGAGGAGCCAGAGUGAACUUAAAAUGUUAAUAAAGCAGGCACAUUUUAACAUUGAUGUGUAUGGAUACCUAGAAAUCACUAUAAAUUAUUUGAAUUUAAUGUUAAAGAAUCUAAAGUUGUGGUGAUAUAAGAAUGUAGGGGAGCAUGAUGCUCAGUAAGAACUGAAAGAAAGGAGUGAGAGUGGUAGCAGAUAGUGAGAACAGGAAUUUGAUUUUUGAAAAGAAGAAAAUGCUAAAUGUGUCAAAUCUUAUUUGCUAAACAAACAGAUAAACAGACAGAAAACUAAAAUAUAAAAAAAGUCGAAUUUAAAAAUCCAUGAAAUGAGUCAAGUAAAUAUAGAAAUUUAGAGUGAGGAAGAAGGGUCAGGUCUGUGGGGUGUAAUGACACUAAGCAGAAGGCUAAAUUUGCAAUGUCAGUGAUGUCAGAGUGCAGAGAUUAUGUAACAACAUUGGAGUUUCAAGUAAAGGUCGGAGAAUAGAAUAGUACUCCUUACUAAAAGUGACUGCUAGCACCGACUUUCUUAAACUUCAAAUGUUACAUUUGUAAACAACUCAUUCUUCAGUGGCUCUCCCUCGUGUCUCUUCCAUAGCACCUACUUUAGUGGGUUAGUUUUAUUUUAAGCUUUUUACCAGCUGUUGCAUCAUGUUAGCUACUAUAUUUAAACUGCCUCAUGAGAGGGAGCGCUGAGGUCCAGAGAUAGUAGGCUUAAAUUUGAACUUAAGCCAGUGAAAGCUACUAUUUCUCAAAUCCUAAUUGUAUUUUUCCAGAUAACACAAAGAAAUAUAUAUGAAUAAUAUAUCCAUACAUCUUCCCCUGCUUUUGUAUCAUAUAAAUAGAUGAUAAAUGACAAAUAAAAGAAGAAUUAUUGAAAGGAUAACCAGCCCAGUAAUGUUCACAAAUAUAUUUUUGGUACAGGGCUGCUUUUGUUCUUUAUAUUCUUUUCUUUUUCUUUCCUUUGUGUGUUUCUCUUCGUAGUGCACUUUCUGAAUGAUUCACUGCAGUGCCAUUAAAAUGUCUUUUAUCCUUG